AUGGACCGUGGACCUAGCGGGCGGUCUGCGAUCGACGAGCCAGAGCGCGCGCGCGUCAGACUCGCCGCGAAUCCUCCCUCGUCACUCCCUCACGCCAGCACCACCGAAUCUCGGUUCGAAGCCUUCUUGCACGACGCCGACGGAGACCCGGUCGAGGGCUUUCUCGCUGUGCUCGCCCAGAAUCCUCACAUCACCCUCGGCCGCGACGCGCUCCGUGCCGUCUUCGUCAACGUCUGGCAAUCCGUCGCGCCCGAGCAUCCCUACGACUGGACCCUGCCGGCGCGGCUGCGAAACGACUUUUUCAAGAGCGUCUUGUACCUGGAGACCGGUCGAGAAGUCGACGCCGCCUGCAUCAGCAUGGCCAUUACCCCGACCGUCGACCAAUUCCUCGUUGAGAUCGCUGCCAUCCUGCAGGCCAAGGAUGGCGCGAAGCUGCAAGACUACCUGGUUUUCGAGCCGACCGGCGGCGUCUACCCGCCGUUGUAUACGCAGAUGAUCAAUGAGAUCAGAGGGGCUUUUCCAAAGGGCACCGAGGACGCGUUGGAGGAAAAGUGCAACCGGGCCCUCCCCGGCCUGCAGGAGCUCGACGACGGCUCAUCCUGGUCGGCCUUUGUCCGCUUCAUCGCCCAGUACUUUGCCUUUUUGAGAGACCUCGACGUCGAGAACCUGUCGACGAAGCAAUUGGAGGCCUACAAUCUGCUCGCAGAACUAGCCGCAAAAUGCAACAGCGCGUUGGCUCACUCCUCCAUGGGAAUCGUCAUCCUACCGACCGUCAUCAAUUGCUCCCGAAUGCUCGCCGCGCUCGCCAUCAUCCUCGACAAGCGCCCGGAUCUCAUAGUUAAUGUUCAGCCACAAGGAGGCGACGACGGAGGAGAAAAGCAGACGCUUGGCGAAAAGGCCGUCGAGAUAAUACGGAAUGCGUUCGUGACGUGCUUGAACGACCGCACAGGGAACAUGUCUGGUGUCCGCGACGGCAGGCCCGAUGGCAAGAGGGUCGGCAUUUACAAGCUGGCCAACCUUUGUCUCAAGAUUCUCUUCCAAGGCAGCAAAUCCCGCAGCGCGGACACAAUAUUUACCAACAUCGACAACGCAUCCCCUCCGCUGGCAAUAUUCCCCUGGCCGGAGCGAGUCACUUACUUGUACUACCUGGGCCGCUUUCACUUUUCCAACAACCACUUUUAUCGCGCUCAGCUCGCCCUCCAGUCCGCGUAUAAUCAGUGCAACCCAGAACGCCUCAACCAGCGACGCCUGAUCCUCAUUUACCUGGUCGCAUCCAACAUAAUCCUCGGGCGGUUCCCCUCGCAACACUUGUACCAGCAACCCGAAGCUGUCGGGCUUAGGGAACGAUUUGGCCCGAUAUGUCGAGCGAUCGUGAAAGGAGACCUCGCUAGGUUUCGAACGUUGCUGGACGUUGACAAGGGCGAGCACGUGGAGUGGUUCCUUUUCCACCGCAUACUAUUCCAACUGCGCAAUCGCUGCGAGGUUUUGGUCUGGCGCUCGUUGAUACGCCGGACGUUCCUCAUCAACGGAGACCAGGGAGACCCGACGUCGAGGAAAGCACCAACGCUCGGCCUGCAAGACCUCGUGGUGCUAGCGCAGUUCUUGGAGAAGAAGGCCCUGUCUCCCGAGGCGGCGACCUACCGCGGCCCGGCGCAGAGGCAUCCCAACUGGGCGUUCUUCACGAUAGAGCCGUCGAAGAACCAGCUGUACGUGGAUGCCGACUUCGAGGGUGCGGACGAGGUCGAGCCUGAAUUUUUGGCGCCUGACAUGGACGAGAUUGAGAGCAUCGUAGCAUCGCUGAUCGACCAAGGCCUGUUGGGAGGGUUCAUCUCGCAUAGGCAGUUGCGCUUCGCGAUCACCGGCGCGAAGCGAAAAGGCGCACUGGCUGCAGGGUUCCCCAAGCCGUGGCAGGUCAUCAAAGCGAAGUUUAGCGACGAGGUACCCGGUUGGAAGGCGGAUAGCCCGACGGCGCGUACGGGCGGGGCAUUCGGUGCGGGGAGGGUCAUCAACUUGAGCGGCGCGAGACCAGUCGGUGCCGCGGGGGCAUAA